GAAUGCCUACAUGAAUCAUGGCAUAUAUCCGCUCAUAAAGGGGGGUCCUUACCCCUAGAAAAAUAUUUGGGAAGGCAAAUUUGAUUUCAGUCUUUCUUCAGCCUCCUUUGUGACGAGCGGCGCUGCUGCGAAAUUCACUUACGAGAUUUCGACCAAAGCCUCUUUGCAGGCUGGAUUAGCAAAUUUACCGGCAAUUAUUGACGACAAAGUGAUGUUUUUACCAUCUUAAUGCUUUGGAAAAUCGUUGUUGUAUCUUGAAAGACUUUGACAAGCAUUUUUGGAGGACAAGAACAGUCGACAAAAGUGCCACAGGUACAGAAUUGACGCAGGGUUCCGUAUCUCUGAUAUGAAAAAUGGAUCUUUAGUUUGGUGACUUCCAAAACAUUUGUCUUCUCCUUAUCAUCGGUUGCCUGGAGAAGCAGUAGCAAUAAAGCUCUCGACGUAUUUAUCGGGAUUGGACAAAGAUACUCCGCGCUAAAGAGAACAGGCUUUUCGCUGACGAUGUUUGGGGAACAAACAAGAAGAUGUGCACAGAACUGAUGGCUAAGGUCCGGGCAAGACGCAUAGCUCCGAUUCCAGAGCUAGAAGACAGUGUGCCAACCUGGGACACGGAUCACACAGCAGUCGGAAAUAUCUUCUCCAAGCAGCUGUGGUCUCAGUAUGAUGAGUACUACAUGAGUUACAAGGAAACGAGAAUGUUGCUGAGGCAGAAGAGAGAAACAGAUGAAGAAUUCCUAGAGUUCUGUAACAUUCGACGAGGGGCUGCAAGACACUCCAUAGACUCCUUACUCCUUCUACCGGUGCAGAGAGUUCCUCAGUACAACAAGAUCCUCUCCGACCUUCUCAAAGAAACUCCGUCAGACCAUCCUGACUUCGAUGACCUCACCAAGGCAGCAAACCGCGUCCAAAAGAUGGUGACAGAGCGCGAAGAGGAGGUCAACUUUGCAGAAAAUGAGAUGAAAAUGAUGCAGGUCCAAGAGCGCUUUCCCCAUGACGAUUUAGCUCUCUACGAAAAAGAAAAGCUCUCGAAGCCGAGAUCUCGCCUGAUGCGGCGUAAGUCAGCCCCGGCUCACGUGAUCCAGGGGCACCUCACGGGAGGGGGACGCAAAAUCUCCUCAUCAGGAUCUCUUCUUAGCCCCAACAGCCUACCCAGUAGUGGCCGUGUCUCGCCGGUGGAAACCAGUCCCGUGUCCAGACAGAGACUGGGAACCAACAACAAUGCCAUCAACAGGCAGUACAUCAUGGAGGGGCCUGUCCAGCUCACCCAGGCGCUCCAGACACAGGACAGAUAUCUCUUCCUCUUCAGCGACAUCGUGCUGGUUGCAAAGCCAAAGUCGGCAAACACAUUCAAACUGAAGCACAGGGUACGCCUCAGUGAGAUGUGGCUCGCCACGUGCCUCGACGAAGUUUGCGAAACGACAAAAACAUUAGACAAGUCCUUCGUCAUCGGAUGGCCGACAACAAACACAGUGGCAACGUUCAGCACGCCUGAGCUGAAAGAACUUUGGUGGGACGCUUUGACGAAGUUGAUAGCAGAGGGGAAGUCAAAGGAGGAACCCAAGUCGGUGACUCUGAAAGUAGAAAACAGAGACAUCGAGUGUCCUGCAUAUUCCAAGUCCUUUUCCGUCAGUAACACAGACUCGGCCAGCAAUGUGGUGAAGAUGUCUCUUCAGCAGUUUGGGAUCACUGAUGAUGCCAGUAACUACAGACUUUGGGUGAAGUCCGGGAAGGAUGAGGCUCCGUACCCGCUGAUCGGACACGAGAUCCCCUUCGCCAUCAAGAUGUCCCACCUGCGCGACGCGGCGGUGACGGCAGGUGACGAUCACCUUGUUCUGCUGGACCAGGAGAUCAUGCCCAGCAUGGACCACCUGUCACCCGAGACACAGGUCCAGUUUGUCCUCAGGGACAGCAGGAAGACCAAAAUUGUCAUGGAAGACAUUCCAAGCAAGAAGCUGAAGAGGUUCAAGAAAUCUCCCAUCAUCAACUGGCCCUUCAAGCGCACCUCCAGCAAAUCUGACAUGCCGGAUUCACCCACAACAUCAGAGGCCAGGGGGAAGUUGUUUGGCCACCCUCUGGAGAAAGUGUGCGUGGACGGCCAGCUGCCCAAACCCAUCAUGGACCUGCUGGCCUGCCUGUUCCAGAACGGGCCGUACGUCACGGGCAUCUUCCGCAAGUCGGCCAACGCGCGCUGCUGCCGGGAGCUGAAGGAGAAACUGGACAGGGAGGGAGAGUACAACCUCAGCGAGUGUCCCAUCCAUGCUGUGGCAGCUGUGUUCAAGGACUACCUGCGUAACCUGCCGCACAGUAUCCUGCAUAGCGACCUGUACCAGGACUGGGUCUCCUGCAACACAGAGCAGAGCCUCACGGCUAAAGUCACCAGUGUCAGAAGAAUACUUGAGCAGCUGCCCAGCGGUAACCUGACCCUGCUGCGGUACUUUGUGUGCAUCCUGCACCACAUCAGCCUGAAGAGUGACGAGAACAACAUGACAGCCUACAACCUGGCCAUCUGCAUCGCCCCCAGCAUGCUCAACCCACCACUCGAGGCCUGCGGAGACAUCCAGGCCGCAGCUACCAAACAGGUCCCAGAGGUUGUGCAGCUUCUGAUUGAGCACUGUAAGGAGAUUUUUGGUGCCGACAUUACGACGAUCAUGGGAGAGGCGCCUCAGGAUCCUGAUCACAAGCUGCGCCAGGAUUCCAGUGGAGAUUCAGACUCCGUUAACAGCAUGCAAGAUUGCACAGGAGUGAUGCGGAGGGAUGACUCCUCUCUGGACAGCCUGGAGCGGGAGCUGUACAUCUCCGAGAUGGAGUCCAGCCCGCGAACGCAGCACGGUGACCAGUUCUCCCCGUCCAGCCUCAGCCGGGACUCCGGGCUGACCCUCAGCGACACCAACCUGUACCACCCGGAGGACGAACACGCCGGGAACAACGAGAAAUCUCGGUACGAGCAGAAGUACCAGCACGAGAGGUGCAACAGCGACAGCUCCCAGCACCAGAUGAGCAUGCACCGUGACUCCAUCCUCGACAACAUGUCUCUCGGCUCCAGUUCCGGCUACUCCUCUCUCUCGCACGACUCGACCCCGAUCCCUCCCCCGCGGAGGAACCGGAGAAAGUCCGAGCCGCCGCCCCCGCCGGCGAAGCUGCUGAGGAUGAGGAAGAACUCGGACGAGAGAAUAAUCCCCGAGUACAUCAAGCAGAUCAAACAGCUGCAGAUUGAGAGCCAGAAGAUGAUCAGCGAGACUGAGAUCUACUCCCCAGAGAAAGACACUGUUCCACACCGGAGGGUGACUGUCACAGGCGCCGUUGACAGACCGACGACGCUGGACUUGUUCCGGGACGUCAGAAAGAGCAGUAACUCCUCUGACCUCUCCCCGUCAUCUGACAGCGUGUUUUCCGGCUCCGAGAACAACUCCCGCCGGUCCAGCGACGCGUCACUGCAGAGAGCCCUGGGAAACCUUGUCACCGUGUCUCCCAGGGAUCCUCCUGCGCCGCCGCCGAGGAAAGAAGUGUCUGCGGAAGCCGUGAGGCUGAACAUCGCCCUCGGGCUCCACAACAAGAGGCCGUCGACAGACUAUGGUGUACACGUUGCAUACUCCCGGCCUCACACCGCAACCCCUCCCGUCCCAAAAGCAGAGGAGGGGCCGUACUUUGCUUCUUCGCCCUCAAAGAUGUCAGCACGGCAAGUCGAGACACCACCCAAGUCGUCCCCAAAGUUGGCAGCAAGGCCCACCCCAGCCAGCAGCCUGACCAACCUGAGGAAGGGCCCCCACACCCUACUCAGGAGUAAGAGUUCAGGGACUCUGAUCACGACGGGCUUGGAGAUGUCCCUGGAGUCGCUCACGUCGAGCGACGGCAACCUGCAGGUGUUCCACGCCCGCAGCAGCUCCGAGAGUGACACCCUCGACGACAAAUCGUCCGGCCUCCGCCAGAGAACCUUCACCAGCCCCGUCCCGCUGGACAUAAAAGAGCCGAAGGUUACGGCAGAGCAGGUGUUCGAAGUCGUCGACAGGAAGAAGCCGAACCUUCCGCCGUCUUACCAGGAGGCAGUCAGCCGCAGUCGCCAGUACCCCAUCUCCAGCGGCAUGCAGGGUCUCACAGUCCAGACAGUGAAAACCAUGCGAAUGCAGAGGCAGGAUAAGGCUGUAGAAUCACAAAGCGAACCCGUGUGGAAGAAACAGAGCGAAGCGGUGUGGGAAAAGCAGUCCAGCGAAACGACGCGAAACAAGCGACCCAGCGAACCAGCACGGAGUUCCAAGCAGCCAACUGAACCGGCAAAAAACAAACCACAAGCCGAACCAGUCUGGGAGAAACAGAGCAGUGUACAGAAAGAAGUCAAAGACGAGGAAAACACGACAACAAACGGAUCAAAGUCCACCGACAUCCUGUCGAGGUUGCAACGUGGAGUAAACCUGACAAGGAGUAACAGUGACUCUGUUGAUCACACACGACCCUCGGUGUACGGCAUUGGUGGCAAGGCCAGCACGAGCAGCAAGCUUUUCCAGGACUCCUCUGCUCCCAGGAAAGCUCUGCCGAUCAGUAAGAUCGAGGUGAACCCUGAGCAGAAGCCGGUGUGCAGUCUACGAAGAACGAGCAGCGAGCUGGACCGGACAAUCGCUGUCCACCGUCAGCACUUCCAGCUGCGGAGACAGCAACUGUUUUACGGGCACAACUCGCCGAUGAAACCCAUGAGGAAAGAAAUGGACAUUCCUGUCACGGACACUUCUUUGGACAGACAAAGAAGAGGGUCUGCUCCUGAGACCCAACAGAAAAAAGACUCCAUCACAGACACAAAAGUUGUAAGAAGCAGCUGCCCAAGCAAACUGGUUUCUUCUUCGACGUCGAAAACGGUCCCAGAGAGUCCGGGUGGCAUCAGUUCAUACGACAUUGUUCAAGCCAUGACUUCUGCCAACUUCCUGUCGGUACAGAGAGGCCAGCCCAAGAGACAAAACAGCCAGGAGAGUCUGAAAAACGAUCACACGCAACCUGAAGCAACUAGUUCCUCUGGGACCAAGUUCCAGUUCCCCUUCCCUGAUCCCAAGUCAGAUCCCCCCUCCUCCAUGCUCUCUCCUGAGGUUAAGAACACUGUCAAAGACUACUUCCUCAGUAGCGAUCCCAUCAACGGUCUGAAGCGAACGAAAGAAGCUGUCAGCGAGAUCACGAAGACGAAACAGGACUGGAACCAGAGAAAGCGAGGCAACUUGGACUUUGCCGACUUGGACCAGAUGAUGUUCGCUGAGGAGUCUUACGUGUAGCUAUAGACAAAUGAACACAGAGACAUUUGAGUGUUCGAACAUUUUCCGUAAUUUUAUUUUCUUGAGGAAGAUUGUGAUUGUGGAAGGAGAAGAGGCUCCUCUUAUUGCCCAAGAACCAAUUGUUGUACUAUGUGCCAUAGGUCUGUUGCAAUCGGGCGCAGGGCUUUACAUGUGGACAAGUGCUACAUUCUUCUGUAAAUACGUGAGCCAGCAUUCACAGCUGGAGACAAGUGUAAAUAGUGACAGCAUUCCACAUACUUUAACUACUCCGGUCAAGAAACCAGGGUAUAUAUACAUUCUGGUUCGAUACCUUAUGUCUGAAUGUCGUAAUAUUGGUUAUACUUCAGUUGUUUCGAAGUAAUGAUACAUUGUACGUAUUUGUAGAGAGAUAUUUGUACCAGACUGUAUGUGGAGGACCCUGUAACACAGCAUUGCUGUCUUGUAAAUAUGCAUUCCACAAAGUCUUUGUCAGUGCAAGCAUGGCUGGCAUAUGUGCAGUACACAAGAAAUUCUCCUAAGUAAUUUAUAAAGUAUAGAGUUUGUAUUUUAUAAGCUGACUGUUUAGCAGUAGGUAAAUUUAUUUCCAGUUCCUCAUCUGCAGUAUUGUGUCUCUGUAAAAAGUUGUAGCUAGAUUUUUUUUUUACUUUUUUAAAAGAAUACAGUUUUACGUAUAUAUUGUCAGGUUUUAGUAAGUCGCAAGAAAAAUGUUUGAGCUGUCCCAUUCCAACUGUUUUUCUGCCCUCUUGUGCUGUUAUUUCCCAAACCACAAUCUCUUAAAUCAAGCUGAUUCUGUUCAUUACAAUAUUUGAUUAACACUGUCUUGUGCUUCUCUACGUACACAGUAGAGAUGUAGAACUGCAGCUGAGGUCUGCAAAAAUGUGGAAAUGGACGUACCUUAAAUUUUUGCUAGUUUCAUUUUCUGCAUGUACUUACAUGCCCUGGUCCAUAAUCCAUACAUUUGGGCCUUCUGUGUUCUUGUCUAUGGCCAGUAAAAACUGCCAUGAGCUUGUAAUUAAAUCAAACGUUGUGUACAUAAAGUAAGACUAUAGAGUACUAUGUUUUAUCCCUAUAUUUUCUAGUACCACAUCUUGUGUAUAGUUCCCCCAACUGGUGGAAUGCCAGUUGUAAAGUGGCAGAGUCAGUGCCAAUCUAGUUCACUGUUCUCAGUUUGUCUUGUGAAAGACAGAAAUGUUCAUGUAACACACCCUCAGCCAGUCUCGUACUGUAUAACUACAACGUAUAAGUGUUUAUACAGCAUGUUGCAACAGUUACCUCUACCAGAUAGUGCUGUUGCCACAACUGUAAGGCUUAUAGCUAGCUAAGCACAAUUUUCGUUUUGUAAAUAGAGAGCUGUUUUUAUUAGGUGUAUACCUGCUUGAUUUCUAAUGUUAAAUAUGUUCUUGCCCUCUACACGGCUUAAUGUUACCAAAAAUGGUUCUAUCUUGUUUCUCUUCUGUUUCGUGUCAGAUCUUAUAGAAGCAUUAUUAAAGGAAAUACCUCAUUUUGACAGAAAA